AUGGCAUAUCAUGAUGAAGCGGGCAGAGAGCCCUAUGCGUCCUACGACUCCUACCAGGGCAUCACGCGGAGACCCGCGACGAACCAACCUCACCUCAGCCAUCGCGUCUCGGCCAUGACCGUCUAUGCCGACGACAAUCCCUAUGAUCAGCCUCAGCUCCACGGUCGCGAAUCCAUGGUCUCGCUCGACUCCUUUGCUGGAAACCCAAGCCCUCCCGAGCAAGAAUAUGGAGGCCACUCAUACUCCCCGGGAUCUGGAUGGUCCGCCUCGUUCGGCUACAACGGGGCCGGGGGCUCGUAUGCGCCCGUCUCGGCUGCUGGUCCCCCGCCCUCGAGAUUUCCUUCCAAGGCCAAGCGAAUGCCCAGCUAUGGCUCUGCACUGGGACAUCCCAUCCCCGAGGAGACGCACGAUGAGGCGUACGACCUGUCGCUGCUCCAGAGUGCAGCUCCCAUGGGCACGUCGGCCCGCUACGACCCGAUCGCUGAGGAGGACGACGUUUCACCUGGUUUCGACUUGACGGCCGCCCUGGGGCCCAUGACCUCUCACGAUGAGGAAUUUAUGAAGAAAUUGCAGGCCAAGGAGGCCAGCGGAACAUUGACCGGAGGAUUGGGUCAGGGCAUCCAGCCCGACAUCAAAGUGCGAGAUGCUGAUCUCUUGUCCUCGCCCACCAUGGUCCAGCGCAGUAUUUCGCGCUCAUUUUCACGGCGCAUCGGGUCUGGUCGAGCUGAGGAGAUUCGACAGAGAGGGCAGGAUGAGGCCAACCGAAAGGGCGAGGUUAUCGAGGUCAUCUUGGAGGAGGAGGGGCCAGGAGCCGAUCUGAGCAGCAUGGAGGGACUCAACACCCUGGCCAAUGAGGAUGACAUGCGCCGUUCGACGUUCCCGGUCAAGAAGGAGACCAAGACUGAGAUCUUCUAUCCCCAACCAAAUUGGAAGCCCAUUUCCAUGCGCUGGCCAUAUCUCCUGCUGCUCAUCGUGCUCUCAAUCGCACUGGCAGUUCUCCAGGAGGUCCUCUUUCAAAACUUUGGCAAGACGCCCAUUAUCAAGUUCAAGUCACCAAACGACCUGGACGCUUGGCUUUACUUCGCCGUCAAGUUCCUGCCGACCCUGUGUGCUGUCGCAUACGGCGUCUUCUGGCAGUUUACCGAUUUUGAAGUCCGCCGUCUGGAGGCCUUUUACCAGCUGUCCAAGCCCGAGGGAGCCUUGGCUUCCAAGUCGAUCAAUGCCGACUAUGUCACCAGUUUCAGCUUCUGGAGGCCAUUCCGCGCGCUUAGACUGGGCCACUAUGCGGUGGCACUAUCAUCAAUUGCCUCGACCUUUGCCGUGUCGCUGGUGCCCACCUUUGCUGCUGCUUCUAUCGUGUUAAGACCGGAUCGUAGCCAGCGCAUGGAUCGUCCAGAUGAGCCCAAGGAGAUUUUCGUUCAUGAAAUCUGGUCCCGGCUUCUGACAGGAACCCUGGCUGUUAACGCGGUUCUUGGGUGUGGUCUGCUGUUCGUGUUGCAGUCACGACGGUCAGGUCUGCUGUCUGAUGUGAGAGGUAUCGCUGGUCUCGCAGGCAUGGCUGUCGUGAGCCAUAUCCUGAUGGAUUUCAAGGACAUGGACACGGCCAAGCACAAGGAUAUUCACCAUAAACUGAAGCGCCGUCGAUAUAUGCUCAGGAACUCGUCUCUUGCGCCGUACGAGGGAAGUAGCGCCAAGUUGGAGGUUGACCGUGAGCAAGACGAUGGCGCACAUCUUUCUGAGCACCCACACCCAGUGAUGCUGCGGCCGAUCGGAAGCAUCCCCUUCAUCAUUGGAUUGCUACUCUUUGCAGGCUUCAUUCCGACCUUCCUCUUUACUCCUGCACGCAUUGUCACGGACAAGGCUGCUUGGGCGGUGACGGCUCUUGCUGUCAUGCUCAAGAUGAGCUGGGGCGCCAUGGAGACGGCGGUGCGCAUGAUGGAACCCUACUACAUCCUCUCGAAGCGCCGCGCCCACUCAAAGACGCUCACGCUCGACUACACGGCCUUGCCCUUUGCUUACAUGCCUCUGCGCGCUCUCCUGAACGGCCACUUUCUGGUCUUUAUGGUCGGAUUCGGAACCGUCAUGGCCGAGUUCUUGACUAUUUUGGUGACAAGUCUUGCUACAGUGGAUGGACAGGACUUUAUCGUGGGGUACAAGGGAAUAAAUGACCUUGUCAAGGGCCACUCGAAACAGGAAGAAGAAGACGGGCUCAAUUCUGGUCAGGAGACUGUACGGUCAUUCUACAUGACCCUCGGACUCACCCUCUUUAUGCUGCUCUACAUGUUUGUCGUGGCAACUAUGGUCUUCUUCCGGCGACGACAUCCCUUCCUGCCACGACAGCCCAACACGAUCGCAUCAAUUCUUGCCUUUAUUCACCAGAGCAAGAUGUUGUACAACUUUGUGGGGACGGCCAAGCUCAACAACACGCAGAUGGCAAAGAAGCUAGACGAUGGCAAGACAUAUGGUCUGGGCUGGUUCACUGGACGUGAUGGACAGACGCAUUGCGGUGUGGAUCAGGAGGACCUGACGAGCUCAUACAAGCACGGCGUGGACUACACGACCAUGAACAACCCGUGGAACGCUCAAUGGGAUGUGCUAUAG